UGUUCUUGCAGUUUCUCCCAUCUGAAUCGUAAUGAGGAAACCUGUUGCGAACACAGCUGUUUCGGUGCUCGUGUUCUUCUUGAUUAGCUUGCUCGUCACAUCUGAGGUAGAUGCUGUCUCAGCUCCGAUGGAGGAAACGGAACGAGAAGCUCUGUAUUUGGCCAUUCAAGGAUUCGUCGGGAGGCAUUGGGAUGGGCGGAAUCUGUAUCCUGAUCCUUGCGGAUGGACUCCGAUACAGGGGGUGUCAUGCGACGUUUUCGAAGGCUUGUGGUACGUCACCGUCGUCAACAUCGGACCGGUUCUUGACAACUCUCUCGAAUGCUCUCAGGAAGCAGCGUUCAGUCCCCAACUCUUUGAGCUGAAACGUUUGAGAAGCCUCUCCUUCUUCAGAUGCUUCACUUCUCCAAGCCAAACCACCACCCUGUCUCAGGAUUGGCGAAAGCUAUCUGGAAGCUUGGAGACACUGGAGUUCAGAUCAAACGAUGGUCUCACAGGAGCAAUUCCCGUCGAUCUUGCUCUGCUCUCGAAUCUCCAAUCUCUUGUACUGGUAGAGAAUUCAUUGACGGGCGAGCUGCCUCGAGAGAUGGGGAACUUGGUCCGCCUGAAGAGAAUGUCGCUCGCGCGGAAUCGGCUCUCUGGCCAACUCCCGGCUUCCUUGGGCAACAACUUGGCUGAGCUUUUGAUCCUGGACUUGAGCGGCAACUCCCUGAGUGGUUCUCUUCCGUGUUCAAUCGGUGGCAUGAGUUCACUCCUAAAGCUUGACUUGAGCAACAAUCACCUGAACGGAGAGCUCCCAUCGGAGCUCGGGAAGCUGAAGAAUCUCACACUUCUGGACCUGAGAAACAACAGUCUUUCUGGGAUGACACGGUCCCUCGGAGGCAUGGUGUCGCUCCGGUACAUGCUUCUCUCCAACAAUCCAUUGGGUGGGAACCUAAUGCAACUCGGGUUGCGGAAUCUGAGGAGUUUGACCACCUUGGACCUUUCUAACACUGGCUUCAUCGGUGGAAUUCCAGAAUACAUUACGGACUUGAGAAGGUUGAGAUUUAUCGCCUUGGAUAACAAUAAUCUCACAGGCAGCGUCUCCCAAAAGUUCCAAGAACUAUCUGGUCUUGCUGCUCUUUACCUGAACGACAACAACCUGACAGGAGAGCUCGAGUUCUCGGACGAGUUCUACAGGAGGAUGGGAAGCAGGUUUGCUGCUUGGAACAAUCCAAACCUUUGCUGCAGAUUUCAGGACAGUGGGCAGGUCCUUCGGGGGGUUCAGCGAUGCAAGAACUAGGCAAUCCCAAGUUUCCACUUGGUGUGUAAGGCGAUCUUUGCUUAACUGUGUUGUUCUGUUCAACACUUCUGAAGGUCCUAAAUCAUAGAGUUCUUAGCAGAAAAAUCCUCUGUUCUUGUAACAGAGGAUCAGAGCAAAUGCACCAAAGUCUUUUCCUGGACUUGCUUGGCAAGUGGUGGAGCUAUCAUGAACACUGUGCACGCAUCACUUCCAAGUUCCAUCCAUGCAUCAUCCACUUUGACCAACGAUGCUCUCGCCU